UCUUGAGUGUGCAGAUCCUCAGAUGCAUUGUAAUACACCGAGAAUCAUCCACUUUUUUGCGAUAAUGAUUCGGAAAUUUUAAUCACCAAGCGUGUCCGAAGGCCAGUCGAACUGAGAAAGGCUGUUGUCGGGAUCCCGUGAAUAACUCAAAUCAGAGAUGUAGCCUCUGUCUACAUCUGUCCUCAGACAUUUAAGGCCCACCAUGCUGUUCUUUCUGCUGCUGGUCUUUCAAGCCAAUGCCAAUGCCCAGAUCGACCCAGCACACUGCCGCUACCCUCUUGGCAUGGAGGAUGGCAGAAUCAAAGACCAUGACAUCACCGCCUCCAGCCAAUGGUACGAGACCACCGGGCCACAAUAUGCCAGGUUGAACCGGGAGGAGGGUGACGGGGCGUGGUGCCCAGCGGGGCUCCUGCAGCCCUCUGACACCCAAUACCUGCAGGUCGACCUGGGCCAGCUCACCUUCCUGACAGUGGUGGGCACCCAAGGCCGCUACGCCCGGAACUCGGGUAAAGAAUUUGCCCGCAUGUACCGCCUGAACUACAGCCACGAUGGCCAGCUCUGGAGGUCCUGGAGGAAUCGCCUUGGCAACAAGACAAUGGAGGCGAACGACAACGCCUAUGCCUCUGUGAUCAAAGACCUGCACCCUCCCAUCAUCAGCCGCUACCUCCGUCUCAUCCCUGUCACCAAGAUGCCCACCACUGUGUGUAUGAGACUGGAGCUGUAUGGGUGCCCCUGGCAUGACGGCCUGACGUCAUACAGCUCCCCUGAAGGUCAGCUGAUGAUGCCUCCUGGGUAUCCCAUUGCCAGCCUCAACGACUCCACAUACGACGGCGCCCACGAACGAAGGAAACUGUCUGGGGGGUUGGGUCAGCUGACGGACGGUGUGAUUGGUCAGGAUGACUUCCUGAGGACGCGGCAGUACCACGUGUGGCCUGGAUACGACUAUGUGGGCUGGAGGAACGGGAGUCUGGGCUCUGGCUAUGUGGAGAUGGAGUUUGUCUUUGACAAACAAAGGAACUUCACCUCCAUGAAGGUUCACAGUAACAAUAUGUUCUACCGCGGGGUGAAGAUCUUCUCCUCCGUGUCGUGCUCUUUCAAGCCCCGCCUCAUCGCUAACUGGGAGGUGGAGCCGGUGGAGUUCCACACGGUGCUGGACGACCGCAACCCCAGCGCUCGCUACGUGACCGUGCCUCUGGGACGCCGUAAUGCCAAGGCCCUGCGCUGCCGUUUCCACUUCGCUGAUGUGUGGAUGAUGUUCAGCGAGAUCUCCUUCCAGUCAGCAGACACUGUGAUUCCUACUCAGAUAACACCUGUGGUGACAUCUCCCUGGCCCAAGGAGGAGAGCUCCCUGCCCACCACCCACAAGACUGCGACCAACCCAUCAGCCAAGGACCAACCGGAUGACGGGAACACCCCUAUUCUGAUUGGCUGUCUGGUGACGAUCAUCCUGUUGCUCGUAGUGAUCAUCUUCCUGAUCUUGUGGUGCCAGUAUGUGUGCAAGGUGCUGGAGAAGGCUCCACGCCGUAUCCUCGAGGAGGAGGUCACCGUGCGCCUGUCCUCCAGUAGUGACACCAUUAUUCUGCAGACCCCUCCCGUGCCCCCCCGGGUCUCUCAGAUGGACCACCCGUACGAGCGCGUCUUCCUCCUGGACCCUCAGUACCAAGACCCAGCCGGCCUCAGGAACAAGCUGCCUGAACUGUCUCAGAGUGCAGAGACCUCAGCGUGUGGUGGGGGCUAUGCGGAGCCCGAUGUCACCCAGUGCACGCCUCAUCAGUGCUUCCAGAGUAGCGUGCCGCACUACGCCGAGACAGACAUCGUGAGCCUGCAGGGUGUGACGGGCAGUAACAUGUAUGCCGUGCCAGCGCUCACCGUCGACUCGCUCACCCGCAAGGACAUCUCCGUGGCAGAGUUUCCCCGCCACCGGCUGCUCUUCAGGGAGAAGCUGGGGGAGGGACAGUUUGGAGAGGUCCACCUGUGUGAGGCUGAGGGUCUGCCUGAGUUUCUGGGGGAGGGCGCCCCCCUUCCCGACCGGGAUGGACGGCCUGUACUGGUGGCAGUGAAGCAACUGAGGGCGGACGCCACGAACAACGCCAGGUACGACUUCUUGAAGGAGAUCAAGAUCAUGUCGAGGCUCAACGACCCCAACAUCAUCCAGUUGCUGUGUGUGUGUGUGAGCUCGGACCCCCUGUGCAUGGUGACUGAGUACAUGGACAACGGAGACCUCAACAUGUUCCUGUCCCAGAGAGAGAUGGAGAGCACUCUGACCCAUGCCAACAACAUCCCCUCGGUCAGUUUGUCAGACCUCCUGCACAUGUCAGUACAGAUCUCGUCCGGCAUGCGCUACCUGGCCUCUCUGAACUUUGUGCACCGAGACUUGGCCACACGUAACUGCCUGCUGGACCGCAGACUCACCAUCAAGAUAGCAGACUUCGGCAUGAGCAGGAACCUGUACAGUAGUGACUACUACCGCAUCCAGGGGCGAGCCGUGCUGCCCAUCCGCUGGAUGGCCUGGGAGAGCAUUCUACUGGGAAAGUUCACCACGGCCAGUGAUGUGUGGGCCUUUGGCGUCACCCUGUGGGAGAUCUUCACUCUGUGUAAAGAGCAGCCCUACAGCCUACUGUCAGACGAACAGGUCAUCGAAAACACUGGCGAGUUCUUCCGAAACCAGGGCAGACAGAUCUUCCUCUUCGCCCCACCGCUCUGUCCUCCCUCUCUAUUUGAGCUGAUGAUGCGUUGUUGGGACCGCGACAUCGCCGAUCGACCCACCUUCGAGGGGUUGUACCAGGCCUUACGACCACAUGUGGUCCAGUGAACUUUGAACCCUGGCAGUCCUGAGUGAGGGGUCCAUUUAGCCUGAAUUCUCUUCUCUUAAUCCCUCUGACUGACAGACAGAAGGACAGACAGACAUUUUUUUUUUUUUACAUUUUAGUCAUUUAGCAGAUGCUCUUAU